AUGGAUCUUACUAGUUCAAUUAUCAUAGAGCCUUUUGAAGUUGUUAUAAAUAAAGAAACAGGAAAUGGAAAAAUAUCUUUAAGAAACGUUACAGAGAGAGACUAUGCAUUCAAGAUAAAGGCCACGCAUCCAACAAGCUACAAGGUAAAGCCUUGCAUUGGCACGGUGUACAGCCAUGAUGAAGUAGUGGUUGAGAUUGAAAUCUCAAAAAACACAGACAUGUACCAGCUGCACGAGCACAAGUUUCUCUUCCAGUUUGUAGAAACAACACACACCCUCACAGGCGACAGCCUUCGGCAGCUGUUUUCUCUGAAGAGUGUUAAAAAGAUAGAACAGAAGCUGAAUGUAAGAUACUCAGGGCCGAUCUUCUCUCCAGAGAACAGCAUCACCAAAGAGCCAGAAAACAACGUUGUGCCCUUCAUUGCUGCUCUAUUUAUCACCUACUCUACAAUUAUUCUUAUUAGGAAAAUAAUAUUCGGAUUCUAA